ACAAUUAUGCUAGAAAAAGUUUGUUAAGAAGGCCAAAAGCUGUUCCCUAUCUUCAUCUUGUCUUAUUCAAAGCUCACCGAUCACCAUAUUCCCAGUAACAUUGUGAGGAAACUUGUGAUUAACUUAUGCUGCCUUUCUCUUUGUCAAACACUACCAGUCUUUUAGACUUCUCUCCUCCUCUCUUUCUUCACUCCCCUCUUUUUGGGCUCAGAAUCAAAUCCUUCCGGAAAUGGACCAGAAUCAAGAAUUGGCAGUAGCCCAGUUGAGGGAAUCAGUUCAGAAGCUUGGUGGUUCCACUGAGAGGUGUGGAGACCUUACGCUGAUGAGAUUCUUGAUUGCAAGAUCAAUGGACAUAGAGAAGGCAGCAAAAAUGUUUGUGCAGUGGCAGAAAUGGAGGGCUAGUUUUGUGCCCCUUAAUUACAUCGCUGAAUCUGAAAUUCCAGAUGAAUUAAGUGCAGAGAAAAUCUAUUUGCAGGGCCCAUCAAGAAAAGGGUUCCCAGUGAUGUUAGUCAAAGUGAACAAGCAUUUUCCAGCCAAGGAUCAGCUUCAAUUCAAGAAAUUUGUGGUAUAUAUACUGGACAAAACCAUUGCAAGUGGUUUUAGAGGCAAGGAAAUAGGCAACGAGAAGUUGAUUGGCAUUCUUGAUCUGCAACAACUGUCCUACAAAAACGUCGAUGCCCGAGGUCUAAUCACUGGUUUUCAGUUCUUGCAAGCAUAUUACCCAGAGCGCUUAGCCAAGUGUUACCUGCUACACAUGCCCGGUUUUUUCGUGCGUGUUUGGAGAUUCGUUUCACGCUUCCUUGAGAAAGCUACUUUGGAAAAGAUUGUGAUCGUGACGAGUGAGGAGGAAACAAGAGAAUUCAAGAGGGAUGUCGGUGAAGAUGCAUUGCCGGAAGAGUAUGGUGGGAAAGCCAAACUGAUGCUUCUUCAGGAUGUCGUGCUAACACCGUUGGAUGACUGAUUCCAUCCUCGAGUCCAUCAUGGUACGAUCAUGACCCUAACUCAAGAAGCAGAUAGUGAGUGAGUAGUAGACUCUCUGUGCAUGGAGAGAAAUAGAAUAAGAGAUUGGAAGAAAGACGACGACGAUGAUGACAAAGGAAAUUAUGUAUCAAUCACACUUGAUUUUAGCUGUAUUAAUUUGCACAUCAAUAUGGAUGAAUCAUCAUUUUUCUAUA